AUGAGAGAUGUUCUUCGAUCCAUGGACCGAUUGGGCUACUCGCUGUCGGUUCCGAUUCGCUAUGAAAAGACAGUGUAUGCACAUCAGGGUGAUGUGCAGCACCCUGUUCUUAGCUUGCUGGAUAUGCUCCAGUACAUGGUGAAAAAUCAAUCUCACUUGUUGCUCGGUGGCCAUUCUCUAGACGAUCCCGCUGGCACAUGGAAAGAUAUUCUACUGCAGUUCUGGGCACGCUACGAAUGCCACGACCCCGGUCAUCCCAUGUGGCAAGACAUUCCUGCAAGUGACAGGAACAAGUGUAUACCUCUUAUGGUGUAUGGGGAUGAGGGGACAGGAAAACGAAAACAGCCAGUAUGGCUGCUGUGCUGGAAACCGACACUGUUCGCUGCAACAAAUUCCUAUCAUCGAACAAUGCUGUAUACUUGUGUUAGCCAUGUCCUCUACUCCGACUUCCACUGUGGUAUGGAUGGUGGCAAUGAAUGCUUAGAUCCUUUGGUGCGGUCUUUUGCACUAGAAGCGAGAAGAGCUUACACUGAAGGCAUUGUGUGGUCUGGGCCAGGGGGUGAUGUUCGCCUACGCUUCGUAUUCACUGGUGUGGUUGGGGACAUGCCUUUUCAAGGGCACCUUUACAAGCUGAAGCGGCACUUCACUGCCGCUGACAUUUGCCCUUUGUGUUUAUGCAAAAAGGAUGAUGCAGGUGAGGUCUCGCAGAACCCAAGCUGGCUUCCUACAAUGGGUGUGUCUGUACCGUGGGAUACAAGCUCGCCGCCCGAAAUAUCAAUCGUCCCUGGGUUGGGCAGGCCUGAAGCUAUCCGCCCAGACAUCUUCCAUUUGGGUCACCUUGGAAUUUGUCGUGAUGUUUAUCUGGGAUGUAUCAUUUCUUUGGCCAUGGUGUUUGGGCACUUCGGUGGCAAAGCUGUUCGAAGUCUGGAUGGGAAACUAGCGAAUGCAUACCAGCUUUUCAAAAGCUACUGCCACCUACGUCACAGCACACCUUUUGCAAAGCACUGGACUCGUGAAAACUUCAAUUUCAAAGGUCCUCGAUAUCCCGAUUGCAGCUUCAAGGCCUCGGACUCGUAUUUGAUCCUGAAAUGGUUGGAAGAUUAUCUUUCGGGACCUCCGUGGGACGACAGCACAGGCAUCCUGGGAUUGAUGCUUUCAACCAUCGUGGCACUGAGCUACACGUCUCCGAGUCGACAAUGGCUUCGUGACAGCUUGGCCAAGCAAGUGGAACAAUCGUUGCAAACUUUCUUAUCUGAUUACUACAAGCUGGCACUAUGGGCUUACAGAUCAGGAGUACUGGUUUACAGAUUCGUUCCGAAGCUUCACGCUUGGAAACACAUUCAUCUGCGGCUGCAGGGUGAGCUAGCCUUGGCCCGGGGAUACACUUUUAACCCUGCUAUUUACGCCACGGCGAACGACGAAGACUUUGUGGGCAAGGCAAGCAGACCGAUUCGAGAUCUACAUAGCGGAAAUGCAAGCCUCAGAAGGCUCGAGCUUUAUCGAAUCGAGUUGCAGCGAGAGUGGGGCUAG